AGUGUGAAGUUUACCAACCCGACCAAUAAAUAAUCUUUCCCUCAUGGUCGCAUAACUAAAUAUACAAAGAUGGUAGGAAAGUGUGAUUUUGUGAGUGUUAUAGGAGCCAUACUGGUACUAACCAUCUUCCAUAAUCCGAACAUCGUCCACGCCGGCGAGGGUGUUCCGGAGGUAGCGUUGUUCACUUUCGGAGACUCUUAUUACGACGCCGGAAACAAAGCGUUUCUAAGCAAAAAGAAAAAUCCUCCACAAACCCAAUGGCCUUAUGGCAAAUCCCUUGACGACCCUAACGGCAAGUUUUCCGACGGCCACAUUGUCCCCGAUUUUAUCGGUGACUUCAUAUCCAUACCGAACGGAAUCCCGCCUGCACUUAAACCAGGCGCUAAUCUUUCACGUGGAGCUAGUUUUGCCGUCGCUGAUGCUUCUAUCCUUGGAGCUCCGGUGGAAUCUAUGACACUGAAUCAACAAGUGAACAAGUUCAGAAGCAUGAAAUCAAAUUGGACCGACGACUACAUCGAGAAAUCACUGUUUAUGAUAUACAUCGGUACAGAAGAUUAUUUGAACUUCACCAAGACCAAUCCCACUGCAGACGCUUCUGCUCAGCAAGCUUUUGUCAUUUCCGUCACGAACAAAUUAAAGAACGACAUCGGCUUGUUAUACUCCUUGGGAGCCAGUAAGUUCAUGGUUCAAUUGCUAGCACCAUUGGGUUGUUUACCGAUCAUGAGACAAGAACAUGGAACCGGCAACGACUGUUACGAGCCACUUAACGAUUUGGCCAAACAACACAACGAGAAGAUCGGUCCGAUGUUGAACCAGUUUGCCAAAUCCCCUGGUUUUCAAUUCACCGUCUUUGAUUUCUACAACGCCAUCCUUCGGAGGACACAGAGACCUCAUAACUACCGGUUCUACGUGGCGAACUCAUCAUGUUGUGGUGUUGGGACGCACACUGCGUACGGUUGCGGAAUGGGAAACGUUCACUCGAAACUAUGUGAGUAUCAAAGGUCGUAUCUCUUCUUUGACGGACGUCACAACACAGAGAAGGCCCAAGAGGAACUAGCUCAUCUGAUCUAUGGAGCUGACACUAAUGUGAUCCAACCGAUGACGGUCCGUGAGCUAAUUGUGUUUCCAGCUGGAGCGAACAUGCUUGAGUCUUGGGAGCCUAACUUGUCCUCGGUCCGUCGUCGUCCAUCUACUAAAUCUACAUCAGUUUAUCGACUUCUUGAUUUAGUUGGAUGAGUUUGAGCUGAAUCAUAUGUAAGAUUGGCUACCAAUACCAUCCUCUAUGAAUCGUUUUCGUGGCGAUUCUGCUUAUGACGUUGAAUAAAUUGCUUUUGAGUAUCUGAAAUGUAUUCUGUUUCGUUAUCUGGGGAUAGAAUAAUAAGAGAGAUCGUAACUGUUUCUACA